AUGGUAUUUGAUCGCUUUGAUUACCUCUCAUGUACUCAAUAUACUAACUGCAAUUAUUCUAUUCUACAGGGUAAAGAAAAACAACACGUUAACGUCGUCGUUAUUGGUCACGUCGAUUCUGGUAAAUCAACCACCACCGGUCAUUUAAUCUACAAAUGUGGUGGUAUUGACAAACGUACCAUUGAAAAAUUUGAAAAAGAAGCCGCUGAAUUGGGUAAAGGUUCUUUCAAAUACGCCUGGGUUUUAGACAAGUUAAAGGCUGAAAGAGAAAGAGGUAUCACCAUUGAUAUUGCUUUAUGGAAAUUCGAAACCCCAAAAUACUAUGUUACCGUUAUUGAUGCUCCAGGUCACAGAGAUUUCAUUAAGAAUAUGAUUACUGGUACCUCCCAAGCUGAUUGUGCUAUUUUAAUUAUUGCCGGUGGUGUUGGUGAAUUCGAAGCUGGUAUUUCCAAGGAUGGUCAAACCAGAGAACACGCUUUAUUGGCUUACACCUUAGGUGUUAAACAAUUGAUUGUUGCCGUUAACAAGAUGGAUUCCGUCAAAUGGGACGAAAAAAGAUUCAAUGAAAUCAAAAAAGAAGUUUCUUCUUUCAUCAAAAAGGUUGGUUUUGCUCCAGCAACCGUUCCUUUUGUUCCAAUCUCUGGUUGGAAUGGUGACAAUAUGAUUGAACCAUCUCCAAACUGUCCAUGGUAUAAGGGUUGGGAAAAGAAAACCAAAGCUGCUAAAUACACUGGUAAGACUUUGUUAGAAGCUAUUGACUCCAUUGAGCCACCAGCAAGACCAACUGAUAAACCAUUACGUUUACCAUUACAAGAUGUUUACAAGAUUGGUGGUAUUGGAACUGUGCCAGUUGGUAGAGUUGAAACUGGUGUUAUCAAACCAGGUCAAGUUGUUACUUUCGCCCCAGUCGGUGUUACCACUGAAGUCAAAUCCGUUGAAAUGCACCACGAAUCUUUAACUCAAGGUCUUCCAGGUGACAAUGUUGGUUUCAAUAUCAAGAAUGUUUCUGUCAAGGAUAUCAGAAGAGGUAAUGUCUGUGGUGAUGCCAAAAACGACCCACCAAAAGGCUGUAAAUCUUUUGAUGCUCAAGUUAUUAUCUUAAACCAUCCUGGUCAAAUUUCUGCCGGUUACGCUCCAGUCUUAGAUUGUCACACUGCUCACAUUGCUUGUAAAUUCUCUGAAUUAUUAACCAAGAUUGACAGAAGAACCGGUAAAGAAUUAGAAAAAGAACCAAAAUUUGUUAAAUCUGGUGAUGCUGCUAUUGUUAGAAUGGUUCCAUCUAAACCAAUGUGUGUUGAAGCCUUUACUGACUACCCACCAUUAGGUAGAUUUGCCGUUAGAGAUAUGAGACAAACUGUUGCUGUUGGUGUUAUCAAGAAAGUUGAUAAGACUGACCCAACUGCUGCUAAGGUCACCAAAUCUGCUUUAAAAGCUGGUGCUAAAAAAUAA